AUGGACACGGCUAUGGAAGUCAACCUGGGUGCCGCCGGCCGCGGGCCCCGCACAGAGCUCGACGACAAGGACUACCCCCAGGGCGCCUGGGACACGGUCUUCCUGGUGGCCCUGCUGCUCCUGGGGCUGCCAGCCAACGGGCUCAUGGCCUGGCUGGCCGGCUCGCAGGCCCGGCAGGGAGCGGGCACGCGGCUCGCCCUGCUCCUGCUCAGCCUGGCCCUCUCUGACUUUCUGUUCCUGGCGGCAGCAGCCUUCCAGAUCCUGGAGAUCCAGCAUGGAGGGCACUGGCCGCUGGGGACGGCCGCCUGCCGCCUCUACUACUUCCUGUGGGGUGUGUCCUACUCCUCCGGCCUCUUCCUGCUGACAGCCCUCAGCCUGGACCGCUGCCUGCUUGCGCUGUGCCCUCGCUGGUACCCCGGGCACCGCCCAGCCCGCCUGCCCCUCUGGGUCUGUUCCGGGGUCUGGGUGCUGGCCACCCUCUUCAGUGUGCCCUGGCUGGUGUUCCCCGAGGCCGCCGUCUGGUGGUACGACCUGGUCAUCUGCCUGGACUUCUGGGACAGCGAGGAGCUGCCGCUGCGGAUGCUCGAGAUCCUGGGGGGGUUCCUGCCUUUCCUCCUGCUGCUCGUCUGCCACGUGCUCACCCAGGCUGCCACCUGCAGAACCUGCCGCCAGCAGCCCGGGUCCGCGGCCUGCCGAGGCUUUGCCCGCGUGGCCAAGACCAUUCUGUCAGCCUAUGUGGUCCUGAGGCUGCCCUACCAGCUGGCGCAGCUGCUGUACCUGGCCUUCCUGUGGGACGUCUACCCCGGCUACCUGCUCUGGGAGGCCCUGGUCUACUCCGACUACCUGAUCCUGCUCGACAGCUGCCUCAGUCCCUUCCUCUGCCUCCUGGCCAGCGCCGACCUCCGGGCCCUGCUGCACGCCAUGCUCUCCUCCUUCGCCGCAGCUCUCUGUGAGGAGCGGCCGGGCAGCUUGGCUCCGGCUGAGCCACCGACCCAAGCGGGCGCCGCGGAUCAGACGCCACCAGGGCCGGUGGCCGAGGCCCAGCCACAGGUGAACCCCACAGCCCAGCCACUGUUGGAGUCCGUGGCCCCGCCACAGUCAGACUCUCUGGUCCAGCCUCAGCUGAACCCCAGGGCCCAGCCCCAGGAGAACCACGAGGCCCAGCGCCAGCUGGAUGCCGGGGCCCAGCCACAGGCAAGCCCUGAGGCCCAGCCCCCCGGAGCCCCGGUCAGCUCAGCCCCCAGCCCCUGUGACGAAGCCUCCUCUGCCCCCUCCACGGACUCCACCCCAGAGGCCCCCGUGAACCCGGCCGAACCUGCUGCCUCGGAGGGAGAAAGGCCCAGCAGCGCCCCGCAGGAGGAGGCCCCGGGUGCAGGCCCCACGUGA